GAGGCCCGUUCUAGGAGGGGCGUCGUCUUCGUCGCCGAUCCGCUCGUCUCCGCCGUGGAGAUCCCCCAAAAUCGCGGGCAGCCUCUUCCGGAUUUGCACGGAGUUCGCGACGAUUUCGAUGAGAUAGAAGCCUACGCCAGCCAAGGCCUUGCGAUGCUGCGGAAGGUGGCUGUCGCCCUCAUCGCCUGCGCCGCACUCUAUUUCUCCUUCUUCGCCUACUACCGUCGCCAGGGCAUUGCAGAGGUUCAGUUACCAGCUGUUACUCACAGGGUCUACCUAGAUGUGGAAAUUGACGGACAACACAUAGGCAGAAUUGGUAUUGGUCUUUAUGGGGAGGUUGUUCCUAAAACAGUUGAAAACUUUAGGGCACUUUGCACAGGUGAAAAAGGUGUAGGGUCCAAUGGCAAACCUCUUCAUUAUAAAGGAACUCCAUUCCAUCGUAUCAUCCCUGGUUUCAUGAUUCAAGGUGGUGACAUAAUUAGAGGUGAUGGGAAAGGAAGUGAGUCUAUAUAUGGAGGCAUCUUCCCAGAUGAGAACUUCACCGUAAAACAUACUCAUCCAGGUGUUGUUGCUAUGGCGAAUUCUGGACUUGACUCCAAUGGGUCCCAGUUUUACAUAACUACAAUCAAGACAAGCUGGUUGGAUGGGGAGCAUGUUGUCUUUGGCAGGGUGAUCCAAGGAAUGGAUACGGUGUACGCCAUUGAAGGGGGUGCUGGCACUUACAAUGGCAAGCCGAGGAAGAAGGCUGUGAUCACUGACUCGGGUGAGAUACCCAAGGAGAAAUGGGGUGAUCAGGAGACGUAGACACUCUCUGCUUGCUCUGUUCCAUGUACUGAACCAUGACAAGCUGCCUUUUGAGUUUUGAUUUGUCGUCUUGUGCCACAGUCCAGUCGUGGCGUCGAGAUGGUGUAUAUUUUAGCCAGUUUGUAGCCACUCCCAUUAACGCUGAUUAUAUUUGUAUGGCUUAGUUUGUGAUGUUGCAACGUGAACACGCACAAGUCUUUCAAAAAAUUGUUUUAGCCAGCUGUUAUUGUUUA